AUAGUGAGAAACUCUAUGCGUGGAGAGUGCGGCAAAGACUCGACGCGUUUCGGGUGGUGGUAGGUAGCGCCAGAUUGUCACUUGUGGCAACUGACUGAACUAAAGCUCGCUGACGUCAUACCGGAAGUUUAAAAUGUUAUUUUUCCGGAAGACUGCAGUGGUCCAGUCACGUGGUAGAAACAAGAAUGCAGGAAGAAUCGAACGGGGAGGGGGGCAACGCUGAGAAGUUCGGACGUGAUCCCGCAUAGGAGAGGGCUGAUUUUUCGGAGAAAUCGGGGCGCACAGUCGGCAUCUUUCUGAAAAGGGGGCACUCCAUGGCCAGCUCUCGCAGUUGAUGCGAUUGUGUAGUAUAAACACGACGAAAACUCCUUCGCAUCGACGGCGAGAGAGCGCGACAAUCACCACAAUGGAUCAAACUGCAGUGUCGCGUCCUCCGGACUCGGUGGAAAUACAACUCGCUCACGUCGAGCAAAGCCUGUCGUGGGACUGCGGAGUCUCCUGCGUAGCGAUGGUACUGUCGCCCGAGCAGCGCAGCGACUUGCUUCUCAACAGGGAUCUGAUAGGCCGCGAGGAGGGCUACCAUCAAAGCACCUGGACCAUCGACCUGUGUUAUCUGCUGCGGCGAUUCGGCGUCGACCACGUAUACACGACGGUCACCUUGGGUGUAAACCCCAUGUUCCAGAAGGAGUGCUACUACAAGAAGUCCCUGCAGUGGGACUUCCAGAGGGUCGAGGAUCGCUUCCGCGACGCCGCGUCCCACGGUCUCACGGUUUGCCAGAGGUCUACCACGGUCGCCGAGCUGCUCGAACACCUCGCUGGCGGUAAACCGGUCAUAGUGCUCGUCGACCACGGGCAGUUGCACUGCGACUCCUGCCAGAAGAACAGAGUCGUCGCAAAGAUGGCCGGGGUGUUUGCGCGCUACGCCCCGUACCAGGGACACUACAUCGUGCUGUGCGGAUACAGGCUCGGGGAGAGGAAGUUCCUCUACCGCAACCCGUCGAAAAGCGAGCGUCUGUGCAGCGUUACUUUCGAAACUUUGGACCGGGCCAGGAAACGCCUUGGCACUGAUGAGGACGUCAUAUUCAUUAACGCCGCUUCGGAAGGUGUCGCUCGCUCGUGAGCGACCACGAAGCGGACAUUUUGGAGAGCUUUAGCGUAACGCAGACGGGUCAGAAUAGAGACUUUUAGCGUGUCCAGUAUUCGGGCAAGCGCGGGCGGUUUUCCGGUUUAGCGGGGGCGUCAACGUGAGCGGCCAGAUUGGUGGCGCCAGCUGGUGGCGCAAAGCUCAACCACACAAACACAGAGCUAAUUACUAUAUUCUGCUUAGCCGCUGGCGUAAAUUUUCGACAGUGGCGUAAUCGUGUUCACAAUUACGCCGCUGCCAAAAAUUUGCACGAGUGGCGAAGCAGGAUAUGGUGAGUUACUGCAGUUUUAGCCAUGCGUUUGUCUGGUUGAGCUCUACAACGCCAGGUGGCUUCACCGCCCACGUUUACGCCCCGACCAUCCGGUAAUCCGCCCAAACCACUCCCGUUUACCGGAAUAGCGUACAAGCUAAAAGUCUCUAAUAACCCUGUAUACCGGAAAACGUAGAGGAGAGCAGCUGCGCUGGUGGUGACGCCUUGCGGCGCGGUUGUUAACCAAAGCGCAUAAAUUCUCAUCGCGAUGACUUGCGGUAUUCCACUUAACUGCUAAGGCGAACUUGUUGGCAGUGCCAUAAUCUCUUCAAGAAAGCAGUUCUUUCUCCUUUCUUUUCGAAGAGAGUUGCCAGAGACGAAUCUUUUGCGCAUUACGGUUGAUCACAACGUUGCAGGAUGGCACCAUCAGCUUUGCAUCUUUUAAUGUGCAUUCGGGUAUACAUGGAUGACACUAUGUUAUGCUAAAACUCUGUUGUUGACAUUGAAGAGCUUAUGACCUUCAGCAUUUAUUUGUGGCAUGAAGGAGCUUAAUGCCAUUAACCUGUCCCGUAUGACAUGCAUAAAAUGCAGUUGAGGGUGUGGGUGUUAUGCUAAUGAAGUAGUCACAGUACCACGUGGUUCCUUUAUCGAGUGAUUUGAACAUGCACUAUAUGUGAAUCACCUGCUUGUUCCAGUAAUCAUGUAAACAUUGGUGCAAUGUAAUGUGUUAAUAACAUGGAAUUUAAUGUUAUCCUUGCAUGUCCGUAAUUGUUCCUAUUCUCUGUGGUCUACCUACUGAGACACUGAGAGUUUUUCACUUGUUAAUUUUUAAGCCUGCCAAUCUACAGAUGCCUCUUGUGGGAAAGGUGCUAAUUUUUACUGCCACCAGUUUGUUGCUCACCUCAAACCGUUGACUCUUGUUAUUUAGUUAGUGUGGAUGUACUCAAAUUAUUGCCAACAUGUAUAAAAAUCACUAGCCUAAUUUUACAGCUGUUUUAGUAGACAAGGAGCCUGAGACCAUGCUCGUGCUAUGUUGCAUGUAUGUGGCAGACUUUUACACUACUGAAAAGUUACUAUAUGUGAUCUCAUUGUGCCAAUGGGUGCUCGUAACACCCUCUUUGCAAUAUUUUUGUUUUUAUUGUGUGAUUGCUCUGCACGUGUGUUUAAUGGUCAUUGACAGCUUGUUUAUAGUUACCACAAAGCAUUAAAGCAUUUUGUAAAAAAAGA